AUGAGUGAAAAGAUCGAAAAGAAACCAGUUAAUUUCUCCAAUAUCUUAUUAGGAGCAGGUUUAAACCUUGCUGAGGUUACUACCUUAGGUCAACCAUUAGAAGUUGUUAAAACUACUAUGGCUGCUAACAGAAGUUUAACUCUUUUACAAGCUACCAAACAUGUUUGGUCAAGAGGAGGUGUCGCAGCUUUCUAUCAAGGAUUGAUUCCAUGGGCUUGGAUUGAAGCUUCUACUAAAGGGGCAGUCUUAUUAUUCGUUUCAGCAGAAGCUGAAUAUAGAUUCAGAGUUUUAGGUGCUAGUUCAUUCUUAGCCGGAAUGGGAGGUGGUAUUUCUGGGGGUUUAGUUCAAAGUUAUGCUACUAUGGGUUUCACUACAUGUUUAAAAACUGUGGAAAUUACCAGAUCCAAACAAGCCAACACUGGAGUUCCUCAACAAACUUCAUUCCAAGUUUUCAAACUGAUUUAUCAAAAAGAAGGUAUCAGAGGUAUUAACAAAGGGGUUAAUGCUGUCGCUAUUAGACAAAUGACCAAUUGGGGUUCAAGAUUUGGUUUUUCAAGAUUAGCUGAAGAUGUUAUUAGAAAUGUUUCAGGUAAAACUGAAGGACAAUCAUUAAAUCCAUUUGAAAAAGUUUUAGGUUCCGCUAUUGGUGGGGGUUUAAGUGCUUGGAAUCAACCAAUUGAAGUUAUUAGAGUUGAAAUGCAAUCAAAAACCAACGAUCCAAAUAGACCAAAGAACUUAUCCGUUGUUGGAGCCUUCAAAUAUAUCUACGGACAAAAUGGUAUCAAAGGUUUAUAUAGAGGUGUUGCCCCAAGAGUUGGUUUAAGUGUUUGGCAAACUGUUUUCAUGGUAGCAUUUGGUGAUAUUUUCAAAAGUUUAUUAAACGUUAAAUCUGCAGGUCAUUAA